GCGAGAGACCUGGGGACCGCGGGCGUCCCGCCGCCAGAUGCGGGCUUGGCGCUUCUCGGCGGUCGGAGACCUGGUGAGUUCCCUCCACAAUAAAGAAAACUGUGCUAAGCUGUUUCAGAAACACAAAACAGAAGUGGCACCCUCUUUCAAGUUCCCAUUGGUUUAAUUGCCUUCCUUUCCUUCUGGACCUGUGUGAGAGUACUUGGAGCAGUGACUGCCAUCUGGUGGCAAGCCAGAAUCAUCACUUUGUGUGAUUCUAACGGUUACAAAGAUGCCCCCUCUUGACUCCCAUGGUGUGCACUGCCAGGGCACAAGGAAAGCCUGGAGGGUGUCUGAUGAAGGAGCCCAGUGAAAUAACCCUUCGCUUCCGCCUGAACUAGUUGUUCAUCCCAGAUGCUGAGCCAAGAGCCAGCUCCAAAAUGGUGCCUCUGAAGAAAAGAUUUGAAUUGUUCUUGUGUUUUGGUCUAAGAUGUGCUGGUUAACGACCAGCAGGUAACCACGACUGAAUAAGCGCACACCGAAAGGGGCACGUGAUGACAUGGAGCCUGAAAUAAACUGUUCCGAACUGUGUGACGGUAUUCCUGGCCAGGAGCUGGGUCGGAGUCCUCUUCAUGAUCUCUGCAGGACAAUUACCUCUUCGCACUACAGCGGUAAGACCGUUUCUUCAUUAUCUCCUGUCCUCUUGGGUGUUGUUUGGACCUUUCUCAGCUGUGGACUUCUUCUGAUAGUCUUCUUUCUUGGCUUCACAAUUCGCUGCAGGAAUAACAGGAUUGUGAAGAUGUCCAGUCCCAAUCUGAACAUUGUGACCUUACUUGGCAGUUGUCUGACUUACAGUAGUGUUUACCUCUUUGGGAUUCAAGAUCGAGAUGCUUUAGAGGGACGCUCAAUGGAAACUCUCAUUCAGAUAAGACUAUCCAUGCUGUGCAUUGGGACCUCCCUUGUGUUUGGCCCCAUUCUAGGGAAGAGCUGGAGACUCUACAAGGUGUUUACCCAGAGGGUCCCGGACAAGAGAGUGAUAAUCAAAGACCUGCAGCUACUGGGGUUGGUGGCAGCCCUGGUGAUAGCUGAUGUGAUCCUGCUUGUGACGUGGGUGCUGACUGAUCCCAUCCAGUGCCUCCAGAUUCUCGGUGUCAGUAUGACGGUGACAGGGAGAGACGUGUCCUGCUCUCUGACCAGCUCACACUUCUGUGCUUCCCGGUACUCUGAUGUCUGGAUUGCUCUUGUUUUGGUAUGCAAGGGCCUGCUCCUGCUCUACGGUGCCUACCUGGCUGGCCUGACUGACCACGUCAGCUCUCCUCCCGUGAAUCAGUCUUUAACCAUCAUGGUUGGGGUCAACCUCGUAGUAGUGGCUGCUGGGCUUCUCUUCAUGGUCACCAGAUACUUGCACUCCUGGCCCAACCUGGUCUUUGGACUCACAUCUGGAGGUAUCUUUGUUUGCACAACCACGAUCAACUGCUUCAUCUUCGUUCCCCAGCUGAAGCAGUGGAAGGCAUUUGAAGAGGAAAACCAAACAAUCAGACGCAUGGCCAAAUAUUUCAGCACUCCCAGCAAAAGCUUCCAGACCCAGUAUGGUGAGGAGCAGAACUGCCACUCCGGAGGAGAGAGAAACUCCAUGGACAGACUCCUCACAGAAAAAAAUGCUAUGAUUGAAAGGCUGCAGGAACAAGUAAACAACGCCAAAGAGAAGCUAGUGAGGCUGAUGUCAGCUGAGUGCACCUUCGACCCCCCAGAGUGGGCUGUCCCUCCGGCCUCUUCCCACAGCAAGAACACCCUGGUUGCAGCCUCUGCCCACAGCCUGGUAGCUCAGGGGCCUUCAGAAUGCCUCUCUGGCUCUCAGAACGAUACCAGUGUGGUUGCCCAGGACUCCCAGAGCACCUCAGUGCCCUCCUCAAGUGUACAAAGCCUGGAGCAGGCUGUGAAGGACACCAGCUCCUCCCCAGGGCAGAAGGAGAAAAUGUCUAACUUGAAAGACAUUUCAGAUCAUUUAAAUUUGGGCUGCAGCCAGAAGCCACGGCCUGAGCAAAGCCGAGGUGCAGAAAGGCAAGACCAAGUACCCAUGAACCCCCACCAGAUUCUCAUACCAGGGGGAGAAGGCCCCAUUCCCCAGAGACAGGGGCAGCUGGAGAACUCAGAGGAGCCCCAAAAGCGGCUGUCAAGGGUCAAUUCAGUGAUCAGGGAGAAGCUUCAGGAAGUCCUACAAGAUCUGGGCCUGGGCCCUGAGACUCCCCUCCCCUCUUCCCUGUCCUAUCCCCAGCAGCCCUGGAAGAGCAGUGCUGCCCACAGCUUCCAGAAGAUUCCCCUCUCCAAUGAGCUGGGCUUCAGCCCAUACAUGGUGAGGAGAAGGCGGGCAGCACUGUGGGCUCGCUCACAUUUUCCAGGCUCUAUACCUUCAUAUGUGGGGCAUCGUGCAAAUAGGACUGUUUCUGGGGCACACAGUGAGCGGCUAAAUGUGCACAAUAGGGACAGUGACUGCCCGGAUCCCCAAACUGCUGAUUCCAGAGUCCCAAAUCCCUCUUCUAGGAAGACUUCACUACUACCCGAUCCUCAAGGCAAGCCGGGCACUGUGGAGGGCAGCAAACAAAGCCAGACAGAGCCCCAGGGUGCCAGAGGGAGCCAUGUAGCCUUUCCCCACCAGCCUUCUGGCUCUGACCAGGCACCAUCUCCCACUGCCCCACACCUAUCCAGAGCCUCACCAGACAUUCCGGAACAGCGGCAGCUGCUGCCCCUGGGAUUCCCACGCUGUCCCUCCAUGUCCCCUCCAUGCAACUACCUUGACACUGAGUCCAGCAGUUCAGACGAGUUCUUCUGUCGCUGCCACCGGCCCUACUGUGAAAUCUGCUUCCAGAGCUCCUCUGAUUCCAGUGACAGUGGCUCAUCAGACAGUGACCCUGACCCUGCUGGGGGGCUGGCUUCCUGGGAGAAGCUGUGGGCCCACUCAAAGCCUAUCGUGAACUUCAAAGAUGACUUGAAACCCACACUGGUGUGAAAAGCAGCAGAGUGGGUCUGGAUAUAGAGGUCGGUUCAGGACAAGCCAUACCAAGGCCUCUAGGUGGAAGGCCAAUUUUGGCCUUCAGGAAACAGGUCGGUGCCCUGAAUUGAUCAAGCCUUUCCCAUGUUUCAGCUGUGCUCACUUGAGCACUGUGCUACCUUGAGCUCUUCUCCAUCUAUCAGAAGAGGGGUAUUGCCUGUCUUGUUACUACCUCACAGCAUUCCUGUAAAAGACUCUGGUUGAGUGACCAUAAAAAAUAACUUAAAGGUGCUAAAUGAGCACAGAGGGUCUUCUGUCCUGGUGAGUCUGUAUUCUACAAAACUCUUAAUAUAUACCAGGUGGAUAACUAUGCGGACACACAGAUGGAGAGAUGAAAGUUUCUGCAGAACCAGAGUUGUAGACUAUGACCCAUCAAACUGGCCUUCUGGUGGACAGACCUGCUAGGAAGAUAAGUCUCUUACAUUCUUGGGUGCCCCACUCUUGGCAGGGGGUGGUUGUAUUUCUGCUGAAGUUUGUGAGCACCACCCCUCAUUUCCAGCUUCCGGCCAGACUCAUCUCAGAGUCACCUGUAUACCACUGUUUGGUGCACAUGUCUUUCCACCAUUACGGCAUCUCACCAGCAUCCCUGAGACUGUCAGGUCUCCAUGUGCCCAUAGGCUCCCCAGGUCUCGCUCUUGA